CGGGAAUGUCAGGGAGGGCCUGGCACUGAGAUGUCAGUGACUGUGGUGGCACCUUCUCGUCGUGGCACUCGGUCGACGCUCGCACUAGUUCGCGGCGGCGCCACUCUAUCCCGCCUCGCGGUAAUCAAGUCCAGGUGCAGAGAAGCGCCGCGCCUCGCUCGUCGCGGAGUUUUUUACAGUGUCUCCAGACGGGGGGACGCAUGAGCAACCUUCACAGUGAAGUAAGACUGGAGGCCCGUGAGUGGCGCGGCCCGUGAGUGGCAGCGAGGCCGCGACUCGGGCGACGGCGACGGUCCGCGACCUGCCCGCCAGCCGCGCUCUUCACCGUAAUUGAGACUGGCACCGCCAGGAGCAGUGCCAAACCUAAGGCACCGUGCCACUCAAGCUGCUGCUGCUUCUGCACUCUUCGAAAAUGAGAGUUGACUUCGGAAAAUGAGAUAAAAGGGAAUAAAGUCAGGUGAGCGGGGAGUGAGGGGAGGGAGCCGGCCACCUGACGCCACGCUCAUCUUACAACGCUUCGGGUGACAUUAUUCACCCUCCUCACUUCACUCUGCCGCAAAGUAGCCACAAGUGACAGCGGGCUCCGGUGUCCGCGGUGUUGGGGCAGUUAGGUGUGGUUGGUGAGGCACUUGUUUGUGCGAGAUGUGUGAGGUCACCAGCGGUGGCGAGUAGUGAUCGAAGGUGUGCGUAGUGUGCAGUGAGCAGCGGUAGUGGUGCGCUCACCAUGAUGAGCUACAACGUGGGCGGCAUCAGCGGGGGUGACCUGGGUUACCUGGACAAGGUGGCGCCAAACUCACCUGGAGACCACAAGCGUUUUUCUGUCAGUCACUUACUGGACCUGCCAGACCUAGUGCGGGUGCCUCAGGUGACCUCCCCCUUCCCCCACGAACUGUCCGCCCUCCACGCACACAGCGUCCCUGACAUGUCUAGCCUGCACCAACUGCCUGCCUCGCACUUCUAUCAUAGCGCUCGCUCCCCGUCCCUACAUCAGCAAGAGCAGCAGCAGCAGCAACAGCAGCAGCAGCAGCUUCAGCACCACCAACCUCAGCAGCACACGCCUCUCCCUCAUCCGCACGCGCACGUUCACCAGCAGCAGCAGCAGCAGCAACACCACCAGGCAGUAGUGGAGUGCAACACCGCGUCACAAUCCCACAUUCACCACACCCAAAAGCAGCUGCAAGUGCACCAACAGCAUCAACAGCAGCGCCAUCCCCUCGUGCAGCAGCCCGCCUCUGGCCUCAUGCAGCAGCAGCAAAUACAGCAGGCGUCUCAGCAGCCUGGCGCAGAACGAGCGGGGACCUGCGCCGCGCCGAAAACUGAAAGAUCGCCUGCCUCCGCGCCAGACACCGACAGAAGCGACGACGAGGACGCCGAGGGCCGCAAGAAGAAGCCUCGCCGCAACAGGACCACCUUCACCUCGGUGCAGCUGACGGCGCUCGAGAAAGUCUUUGAGCGCACCCACUACCCGGAUGCUUUCGUCAGGGAGGAGCUGGCCAAGCGAACCAACCUGAGCGAGGCUCGCGUGCAGGUCUGGUUCCAGAAUCGCCGAGCCAAGUUCCGGCGAAACGAGAGGAGCGUCUUGGCACAACGCAGCGCUGGCCCCUUCCGUCCCACCGACGCCGCGCCCUCCGUCACCACCUCUCCUGGCGGCCCCGUGGAGCAGCCCCUCGCCCCGCGCCCCUCAGGGAGCAGCAGCGUGGCCAUGUGUGACUACAGCGGCUACAGCAGCGUGGGCGUGGGAGUGGGCGUGGGCGUAGCAGCCUGGAAAGGAUCCACUGCAACCGUGGGCAGCGCCACCCCGCCCUACCUUACCCACUUCCCUCCUACCAGCUCCCCUACGCCUGUGUGCUCCUCCCUGCCCCCGGGUCUCGGCGGCGGUUACGGGGGCGGCGUGAGCGGGGCGGGCCAGGUGGCGGGGCCCUACAUGGGGUCCUCCUUAGUCAAUCUGAGACUGAGGGCACACGAGUACUCCCUCCAUCACCAGGGGCAAGUGUGACGCUCCUCCUGCCUUCAUCUCCAUCACCACUGCCAACACCCGGUGUGACGGCCGCCCCUGCACCACCAGCGUCACCACAACCACGUGUAGUCCAACCACCGCCAUCAACACUAUUACGCUACUGAGGUUCGGUGUGACGACUUUCCUUCCCUAACUGUACUGUGUCUACCUUAAUCUCGCUAUAUUCUUAAAUCCUCGACAUUACAUAGCUCCUCUCUUUCGUCUUGUCUCAUGUUGAUUUCGUCUCUUAUUUCAUUAUAUCCCUUGGUUGUCCUUUGACCUGUAAUUCCUCUGCUCUGGUAAACACCACCACACUCACACCUGUCUUACCUUCUCUCAUACUGACUUCAUCUGCUCUCAGUCUAUCUCUUAGCUGUUCCCUGUCCUAUCAUUCCUUUGCCCUUGUUAACCUCAUCAGCACCAGGCCUUCCUUCUGUUUUAUUUUCUGCCGUAAUGAUUUCGUCUCCUGCUUUCAGUCUAUCUCUUGGCUGUUCCUUGCCCUAUUCCUUCCCCGUUCUGGCCGUCGUCACCAUCACCAUAUCGCUGUCACGCCUUACAGCCAAACCAAGCAACAGAAUCCCCCACAACUGUGAACGACCGGUGAAUAGUGACUUCCAGAGAGCAAAGCAUUUGAAAGAAUUGGUUACUUUACGGAACCAGUGAUAAUUUGCAGUGAGUGCAUCGAUUUGACGAAGUAAACGAUAGAGGAAUGUGAAAUAAACGAGUGAACCAGGAAGCUAAACGGAGGAGCGAUGAAUGGAAUGGCAGAAGGCCAGGAUGAUGAACUAUAUUCUACUCGUGCUGCUCGUACCUCACUUGCAAGACAAUACUCAGUAAGGAGUGAGAAAAUAGACUCCUCACGCUGCGCUAGAAGGUGGUAAACAAAGUGGCGUAGUUAACUCAAGAAAGGAAGAGCGCAGCCUUGUGUAACUUCACGAUUUCCUAGACAGACACGUGCAGGGCUGCGGAGUGAGGGGCGGCACCAGCUUGACCUAACCUUCCACUGCGUGGCACGCGCGGUGCUGACACGUGUUUCCUACUGCCUGUAUGUAAUUAUACUGGGUUGACCA